CCGAAGCGAACGAGAGCUCGAGCCGAGAAACUGUCAGCCUCUCGGGAAUGCAGAGGGAACGAGGGUUUUGUCGAGCGUCUGCAGUCGGACAUUUGCGGGCGUCAGGGUUUAUGAGUCGGUCACAAGUAUUUCGCAACUUUCUCGUGUGAGAUUCUCGAGGAAUUGCCUGUUGCCGCAGUGCGAUUGCGGCCAUGGCGUCCCUCGGGCGCACGGCAGGGUUCUGCUGCUGUCGCUGCUCUCCCGCCGUGCACAGCGUGUUCAACUCCUCUGGCCGAGUCUGCGCACCGCCUGGACAGUCGAGGGCGGUUUCCGCCUCUGGAUUCGCUUUGUUGAAAGCUCUCAGCUCGAAGCUGUCCGCGCAGCAGGGCAGCUGUAAGGCUGUUGAUUCUUUUUCUGCCAAGUCUACGUUGUCGAGAGUGUCUUUCAACUUGCGGUCCGCUGCCGCUCGAGCUUAUUAUUCGGAAUCCGGUUUUCAGUAUGGUCGGACGAGUGCUCCUUCGGAACAGUAUGGGCAGACUGAGCAGGACAGGGAUCAAUUUCCAAGGCCCCCUUUGAUUCCGUGGGAGAAGGAUCUUGCGAAUGCGGUGCAGCUAAUCGGCAAUGUGGGCAAGGAUUUGGAUAUCAAGUAUUUGGACACCGGCAAGAUUGUGGCUAAGUCCUCACUCGCCGUGAAAAAACCCUCUCAAAAGAACGAGGAACCUAGUUGGUUUGAAUUGGAGUUUUGGGAUGAGCUGGCUGAAAUUGCUGCACACCAUGUGAAAAAGGGAGAUCAGAUUUUUGUAACAGGAAGGAUUAUCGUUGACAAAGCUGUAACACCUGAAGCCACUUACACCAGAGUUAAGGUUUCGGUAAGCAACUUGUGCUUCGUGGAACCUUUCAGUGGUCAAAGGAGAGCUUAUGUUCAGCCCAAUAGCUCUCAAAAUGAUGAAUUUGUCGAUACUUCUGACAACAAUUGGUCUCGAGAAGUCAUAUCAGCAGCCGCACCUCAGCAAAAUUGGAACACUCAGUCUGUGUCUCCUCAACAGCAGUCUAGCUCUCCUGUGGCAGGCACCGCCGGGAAAGCGUCAUUUGAAGAUGAAUCUCUCUCGACAGAGAAACGCUGGCAAGCAUUUUUUGCAGAUCCAUCGCAAUGGUGGGAUAACCGGUUUAAUAAGAAAAAUCCAAAGGCUCCUGACUUUAAACACAAGAGCACCCAGGAAGUACUGUGGUUGAACAGUUGGAACAAUCCUCCAUGGGUGGCAGCACAGGUAGCAGCGUGGGAGGACAAACAAGCACAAACCGGUGAAGUUAGAGGUGCGGGGCAGCGGUCAAACAGAAAGAACCUGUCUUCUUUUAAGGACUCGGACUUAAUAUAAUUUGCACAUUUCACUGUCUUUUUGGAGUUUUUAUAGGUGUGUAAAAAAUCAUAGAAAGUACGUUUUCGAUUGAUCAAUGCAAACAAGCAGGAACUUAGUGCUGCCUGGAGGUGUAGACUUGGUUGAUGUACAUAAGGUAGCGCUGAAAUUAGUGUCUCUUGACUAUGAUAAUUCUUUCCGUCUUACUUGAUAUCAAACCUCCGGCAGUGUAAAUUGAAUGUAUUCGGUGCUCUUUCGCGCAUCUUGUUGCAUCACACAUUUCGUGGUUCCUUUCCAUGAUAUGCGCACUUAAGCUAAGAAGGAUAAGUCUUUUGUAUAUCUGGUUGCAAUGACGCCAUAUUCUUCUUUCACAUUUUCCG